CGGGAGUUCAAGUUGAUUAGGUCGUCACGCAGAGUUCCUGUAUCCCAUUCCUGCAUAAUGGAACCCCGAAAAGUGAGAAAAUCAUGGCUUAGUACAAGUCAGGAGGUUUUAUAUAUUGCCUCUGAGGAUCGAAACCGACCAGUGGGUCCCAUAUGGCCACUAUGUAUUUCUAAGCAAAAUUUGAAAAAUGAGGAAUCAACUAAUCGUGAUAAUAUGACUGAGGCAACAUCACUUGAUAAUAAAUAUACAGUGGUCUUGCAUAGGAACGAGAAUGAAGAACCACUAACAGUGAAUGUUUCAGACAUUCUUUCUUUAUCGACGUUUUCUCGACGAGCUGUAGUGGAUUUUGGUUCAACUACUGGGAAGCCAUUAACUCGUUUCUUGUUGCUAGAGAACCUUAUUGAUGAGGCACAGUCGGUUGUAGUUCAACGUGGACCUCCAGACAAUGAAUUCCUUAUUGACUGGAUAGCAUCAGAAACAGAUAACGAAUUUCGAUCAUGCUAUCCUGCAGUCUCUAAACAAAUUCACCUUUCACCUUUGCACGGCCAAGCUCUAUUGAAAAUUACAUGGGCACCUGCUCGUAAUUUAACGUCAGAGGGUGAAUCUACUUUCCAUCACGUUAUUCAAUUCCGUGUUAAUGAUGCAUACACUCUUCAAGCUGUAAUAAUUGGUCGAUUGUUGCCACGUGUCGAGAAAUUCACUCGUCCAAAAGUAUGGCUUAAAAAAGCACAGUUUUCAACAUUUAAAAGGCCAGGUUUACCUACCUGGACAGAAAAUUCUUUCAUUAAGCCAACUGAACGUUGUUCCAGAUUAGAUACUAGCAAAAAGGAGAAAACUAAUAUCCUCAGAAGUCGUUCCAAUUUUACCUCACCUGUAUCUGAGAUUCGUCACUAUCCACGCUCAUCUAGUGAACGUCAAACCAAUAAAAAUGAGGGAAUAGACUUGAGUUGUUCUACUGCUUUCUUCAUAUCUGGGGCAUCACAGGAAAAUGUAAUCCCUCCUCCACAAACUUUGAGCGAAUCAUUUACUGAUCCACAGGAGAAGACAUAUGAUGCUCAGUGUAAGUGUUUACAAAUGACAAGUAGUCGCGUUUUAGUUGUUUUUUUCUAA